UUCGAAGAACGCCAAUUUCAUACAGUGAAGAUGUACUAUCGGAGUUAAACAAAUGGAUAGGAUAUUUUUGGUUAGAUUACGAUUCAACAAACUUAAAAACCUCGUAUGAUAAUUACUUCGUCACGAUACGAAAAUGCAUAAUUAUUUAAUUAAUUCACGUAAAUGACAUGCGCACGUGUAUUCUUUUACGUAGAAACGUAUGUGCGAGCAAAGGUCGAAGUUGACGAAGAGCACGUUCCGCUUUGCGAAUUGAUUUCAAGAUUUUCUGAAUUUAGCGAAUAGCUCUGCUAUUCUUUUAUUAUGAAGAGACGUCAGAGGAGGCCGGUCUUGACGCUCAAUAGAUCUCAAGGCAAUUAUGUCGACCACACGCAAAAUAAGUGCAAGCCAGUGAAUAACAUACAACCUAUACAAAAUGAGGCCAGCAAUCCAUUGGCCAAUUUGUGCCAGUACAAUUCCGACAGUGACACAGAAGAUCCUAAGAAAGAUACACAAAAAUUAGACGAUCAAGUCAACGAUUUUUUUAAGGAAAUUCAACUUAUUGCCCCAGAACAACAUGUUCCAAACACUGUUAAUGAUCCAAGCUUAGCAACUAAGCCAGCUUCGCAGUCUGUGCAUCAUACGAAUCAGCAAACAUUGUGGCAAGAGUGCUACGAUGAUUCUACUGGUUAUCCUUAUUAUUGGCACAUUGAGACUAAUGAGGUAACAUGGGACAUGCCAGAGGAGUUACGUUUAAUAAAAAAGCAAUCUGAGAUGGGAUCUGGAGUUAAACAUCCAAUCCAGGGACCUCAUUGGGUAGAUUUUUCAUCCAUCGCAUAUCGACAGUCACAAGCAAAUAUACCAGAGGGCAUGAUACCACAAGAAGUGGUAGCAAGAAAUCGCAACAGAUUUAUGCAUAAUGAACCUCCUAAAAAAUGUAACUCGGAAAGCAAAUCAGAAAUUAAGAAUGAGUCUCCUGUGAAGGAUGAUGAUUCUGAUGAUGGACGGAUAGAGAUGAUAACAUCUUUUGGUAGCGACGGAAGCGAUUCGGAGGAUGAAAAUAAUUCCUCAGACGAGAAAAAGACGUCGACAACUUUAUCUGAAUCAGGAAAUUCAAAUUCUGUAUCAUAUCUAAAAGCCGGUGAAAUCGGACCCGCCUUCCAUCCAAUGGGAAUGUCUCCUAUCAAAAAUUUGUCUCAUUCGUAUCAAUCUGACUCGACUAACAUAUCAAAUUGUACGAAUCAAUCCGAACAAUCCGAGAAAUGUAAAAUAGCUGAAUCUAGUAGUAAGAAUAGUAUAGUUCAAGGGGAAAAACAGUUUUUCAUUGGAAACAAGAAUAGAAAAGAUGUUAAUACACAAAACGUAAUUCCGAAGUUGGAUUUUAAAGUGUCCUUAGUACCUGGUUAUGGAGAUGAUUCAGAUGGAGAAGAGGAAGUUAAACCCAAGCAGGAGAUUAAACCUUUGUUCCCGAUUGCGCAAGAUGAGGAAUAUGUAGAUGUGAUAAAUUCAUCAAAAAUUUAUGGUGUUUCUGCAAAAAAUUCUAGCAAUAUACAAAGUAGUGAUCAGUGUAAUGACAACAACGGAGAUAGUCAAGAAAUGAAGAAUGAUGAUGAAAAAACGCAGGAAAAAGAAUCGAAGAUGGAUGAAGAUAAAUCUAAGACGAAUAUAUUUCUUGAAGAUAUGCAGACAUGUGGCAAAGCUUUCCAAAGGAAGAAACGAAUAGCAUUUGAUGUUCCAUCAACGAAAGUUAAACAAAAUAACGUUUAUCAUGACACUACGAUUCAAAAUGAUAAUAAUAGUGAUCUCGCGAGCAAUGAAACUAUUUCACGUAAUACCGAAAACGACGAUGCGGGAAUUCAUAAUCAAUCAUGCACAGAAAGUCAAGAAGAAUGCAAUGAAGCACAUGAAGAGGCAGAACAAUGUGUUAGUGUUAAGACCGAAGAAAAGCUCGAUUCUAAAGACGAAUCGUGUGAUUCGGAAGUACUUGCAGAAGAUAAAACAGCACCCAAUGCAGUUGAAGAAAAAGAUAAUGAUAAGAAAGAGAUGAAUGACUUGUCGCAGAUUAUAACAGAGAAAUUAAAAUUUCUUUCCGAAGGAAGAGAGAGCGUCUCCGCUGUUCAAACAAUGCAAAUUCAACUACAAACAUUAUCUACUGCAUGGGCGGCAAAUAGCUUAGAAGAAAGUUACUUUCAAAAGUGGCUGACUAAUACAAAUCAUGAAUUGGAAAGAUUAGAGCAAGAUGCAGCACCAGCUGGUUGGCUAUGUCAGUGGGAUAGGUCGCACAAGAGAUAUUACUACCACAAUACAUCCAGUGGAACAUCACAGUGGACUUAUCCUGACACCGGUAUUGCCGGUGGCACUGAGGAGAUGGAAUUGUGCACAACUCCGCCACCAGAAUCGGAAGAAUGUCAUCAACUAGAAUCACCUGGAACGAAAAGGACGAAGGAGAAGCAAGCUGAGGAGAUGGACGAUAAUAAGACGAAUAACGAAAAUGUAACGGAAAGACGUCCUACGGAUCUGGAAGCACCACCUCCACCACAAAUAUCUAAUCCGAGUCCACCGCCGCCACCAAGAAUAUUCGCGGAAGACCUGAAGAAGGACAAGAGGAAAAAGGAGAAACCCGACGAUAAAUCCUUGGACGCGAAGAGAAAACGUUUGGAGAGAGACAAUAUAACAACUCUAAAUACGGCGCAGAUGGUAAAUCCUGCAUUAGAAUCCUUGUCUUACGCACAUCCACAGGCGGCCAUGUCACCUCAAACCACGAUACCUUCGAAUCACGCGAAUAUGGAGCCUUUGCCACCGGGUGUGGAUCUGCCGGAAACGUCCUAUGAGACGGCUACCUUGAAAGGGAUAAUAUAUAACACAGCGUCACAGCAAAGUAAUGCGAUUUACGCGCCUUCGAUUGGGGAUCCAACAAUACCUAUUCUAAGUCACCAUCAGGCAGGCCUGCUUCAAGAGCCUUUUGUUCAUUAUCCAGCCUUUCAUCAACAUUUGCAUAAUACGAUCGCAGUUGCGAACAAGCAUGGCGGGCAGAAUGCUAUUCAGUUUAUGGUGGGAUACACGCCGAUUUACACGAAUAAUAAAAUCAUCGCCAAACCGCCGGUUAAAGCCUCGAAGGAAUCUCUGGGAUCCGCUCUUGAUUCCUUUUAUAACGACAUCGCGCGCAUCGAGAAAACGGAAACGGAACGAACAGUGCAGCAACAGGAUCCCGUUGCCAUUGUAACGGAACAGGUCCCUGUUCCAAUCGAGGAAACUAAACCGGAAACGGAAUCGGAAACGAUAUCGAGUGAUACAACGAUGAAAGAACGGAAAAAGAAAAAGGCGAGAAUCAGUAUCAGCAAAAAGCACAAGGAGAUGUCGACUAUGGUAGCAAAGUGGCAAAGAGUACAAAAGAAUCUAGAAGAUGCUGUAUAAAUAAUAGAAACCGAAAUAAAAUAAUUAUAAUUGUCGUACAAGAAAUAAUAUGCUACAUAGAUUGUAUUAUUAGUAUAUAUAAUUGCAGAUUUCACAUUAUGUACAUAUGCGUUGUUAAAUACUUCUUUUAUCUAAAAUAUUUUAAGCUUUUUUAUGUAUGAAAUACAUUAUGCAUAUAUUUACGAAAUUGUAAGAAUCGUGUAACGAUAUCACUUGUAUCGAUUUAAACGCAGUACUUAAUUCGCGUAAUUAUCAUGUAUCUGUUUUACGAUCAAUCAUCAAGUUUGCAAUUAAAUUACAAGACAUACUCAAGAAAAAA